AUGGCUGCACAACUUCCACAUACUGAUGCCGAGAUGAGGCGCACCCAGCUCUCAAAUUUCAAUCGUUUCCGCCCCCCAAACGCUGCUUUUGCUAAUCCCCCUCCCGUCCCUCGCACUCGAUUGCCACCAGGGUAUCGGAACAUGGGACCAUGGCCACACCCGCGCCGAGGUGAAAUUCAUCCAAACCGCCCACCGAAAUAUCCAUCUCCAAGACCUAUGAAGCCUUUGAAGAGAUAUCGGAGAGACGCGGAGAUGAUGGCCUGGGGUGAGAGUCGAAUCGAGGAACUGGAGAUUCGAACUUUCAGAACCCGCCGCCGGGGUCGUUGGAGGGGAGUUAGAUCGCUGGGUCGGGGUACUGGGGGUAAAGUAGGACUGUGGCGUUACGAAGGCGUCCGUAACGACCUCGUUCAACCCAAUGGAGACAUCUUGCCGGCCGAACUUGUCAUCAAACAAAUGCAGAAUUAUGCUUUGAAUGCGGCAAGUUAUGAUGAGGAAGCAGACUAUCAUGAGAGAUUUUCUCGAAGAAACAAUACGCAGCACAUAGUCGAAUUCCUCUUUUCUGAUUCUAUUAGUGCUCAACAGCGUGAUGAAAUGGUCAGCCUUGAGGGAGUUGCUGCUCCAACGGCGGAUUAUUUCUUGGGAAAGAGACGUCGAAUUUUUAUGGAAUAUUGCGAGCUUGGGGAUUUGAAUGGUCUGCUGGAGAGAAGACGAUACGACCGUGAGAAGUUUAAAGAAGAGACACUCUGGAUGUUCUUCAGAUGUCUUAUUGAUGGUAUAUCAAUUCUGUCUAAAAGCGCGGAGUACGAAUGGGAUCCUUCGGCUGGUCCCCCCGUUGACCCCGAAAAACCUGAAGGGGAGCGUAUGGGGGUGUCUGCGAUACCAUCUGAAAAUAGACGACCAGACUGGCAAACAUGUGUUCAUUUUGAUAUCAAGCCCGAAAAUAUCAUGCUAGGUGAGAGAGAGGCAGCAAAUCAUCGUCUAUAUCCGAUUUUGAAGCUUGCGGACUUUGGACUUACCGAACGAGUAAUAUUCGACAACAUGACUUCUGCGAGAGAACGUUGGCAGUGGCGAGAGAAAUGGCGUAAAUCUGGAACUCCGGGAUCUUACACUCCAGAACAAUUCACCAAAGCUUGGGAUUACGAGGACUACGUAACAUCAGGGAUAGCGGGACGUUAUGGAACCAAAACGAACAUCUGGGGUAUCGGUUUCAUUAUGCUCAAACUAAUCUACCUUAAACCAGUAAUUGAGCCACCAUUAAAACCUUUUCUACCCAGCUUUCUUAUCGACGGAGCCCCUGCUAAAGGAAUGACUUACGGACAACGCAUGAUUGCGGCCGGUUAUUCCGAGACGCUUACACAUCUCGUCCUUGAAUGCUUGUACGAGAGGCCGCAUGACAGGCCUCGCUUGAGGGUGCUCCAUGAGAGAGUGUGCCGGGGAUAUAAGGAUGCACGAAAAGCGAAUAGGCCGAUUCGAAGAGAUGGUUUUGUAGUUGUGAGAGAAGCUACAGAAAGGUGGGACAGAUUCAUACCACCGCCUCGGCCGAGAUGGCAGGGCGGAGUACGUAGAGCACCGAGGAGAGAGAGUGAACAGGACCAGGACUAUGAUCCUGAGAGUAGAGUAUUUAGUCAGGGUGAAAGAGUUGGGGCUAGGAAUCUUAACCCGGACCAUAAGAAAAAGAAGGUGGAGAAGGAUGUGACUCCGACUUGGACGUCUUCACAGCUAACAAGCACGGUAAGCGACUUGAGUACCCAGACUUGGAGUUACGUUAGCCGCACAGGCAACUCAAGCGACUCAGAUAGCUCAGACGACUCAGAUAGCUCAGACAACUCUGAUGAUUCAGAUGACGGGGAUGUUCCAGAUACUGAAGUUCCAGUAUAUGAUGUUGGAACAUAUGAUUCGGUGACAGAUAGCGAGGAGCAUUUAAGUGAAGUGCCCGAGGUGGAUAACGGAGAUGAUGGAGGCGACGAUGGCAGAAUGGAGCACCCGCACCCACAUACUGAAGUUUCACCAGACGUGGGAGAGACUUAUUACGGGGCGUAUUUCGACGAAGGGUUCGAGGUAGUCCAAGAAGAUGCAAAUGACGCGGACGUAAUGGAGGACUCAUCAGAUGUUGGAGAGGCGUAUGAUGGGGAGGCUGUGGCUAGAGCGCAUGAUUCAGAUGAUACAGACGAAAUGGAGUACCCAUCAGAUCUCGAAGUGGCGUAUGAUGAAGAGGAUGUGGCUAGGGCGGCCGAUCCAGAUGACGCAGACGAAAUGGAGGAUAUAGACACUUCAGCUUCAGAUUCUCCAGAUUUAGAUACUCCAAGCUCAUCAGAUGUUGAAGAGACAGAAAGAGUGGCGGACCUAGAUGAUGUGGAAGUUGAUAUGAAUGAUCCAGAUGCUGGAGAGAUGUUAUGGGACAUAGAUGACGCACUUGUUGCGGCUGGGGUAGAAGAAGAAGAUAGCUCAGAUACAGAGGACGAUUCGGAUACGGAGGGCGAUUCGGGUACGGAGGACGAUUUGGAUACGGAGGACGAUUCGGAUUCUGAAGAUGAGUUAGCUCGUCCGAGAUAA